AUGGUCAUUCUCUAUGCCCACAUCCUCUGCAUCACCCGCCAAGAAGCACAAGCCAUAGAGAAGGUCGAUUUAUGGAUGCGCAUCUGCAAUCUAUGUACCAAGGCUUUUCGGUCUUGCUGUGAUAUGCAGUUUGAAGGCUCGAUCACGAUGGAUGGCACCUCAGUGUCAGUUUACUUGAAACAUCCUGAAGCUGACAAGUAUGGAAAGCACAGCAGUGGAGGGAAGAAGUCAGCAAAGACCCUAGAAGCUGAGGUGAAGGCAGUAUAUGUGGAGAACAACUUGCCUGCUUGUUGA